AUGGCCGACAUGCAAGGCGGAAAGUUCACCCACGACGCCACGACGGCGCCCAACACGGACCGCGUGCUGCCCCUCUUCUCCCUCAAGGGCAAGACGGCCAUUGUGUCGGGUGCCAGCUCCGGCAACAUCGGUGUGGGCAUCGCCCAGGCGUUCGCUGAGGCCGGUGCCAAUGUUGCCAUCUGGUACAACACGAGGAAAGAGGCCGCCGAACAGGCCGCGGCGGGUAUCGCGAAGGAGUACGGCGUCAAGUGCCAAGCCUACCAAGUCGACGUCGUUUCCCCCGCCGAAUGCAAAGCCACCAUCGAUUCAAUCGUGCGGUCCUUCAACGGCCGGCUCGAUAUCUUCGUCGCCAACUCCGGCGUUGCCUGGACGGCCGGCCCCAUGCUGGACGGACCCCUGGACAUGUACUCUAAGGUGGUCCAAACAAACCUGGACGGUACCUACUACAGCGCACGCGCGGCGGGCGAGGUCUUCCGCCGGCAGAAGCAGGAGGGCACUGAUAUCGAGGGCCGCCCGCUCGACCCGCCUUUUAAGACGGGCAGCUUCAUCGCGACCGCUAGCAUGAGCGGACACAUCGUCAACGUGCCACAACUGCAGGCCUCGUACAACGCCAGCAAGGCCGCGGUCAUCCAUCUGUGCAAGAGCUUGGCGGUCGAGUGGGUUAGCUUCGCGAGGGCCAACACUGUUAGCCCGGGUUACAUCAUUACUAGCAUCUCCGAGUUUUGCGACGCUGACACCAAGCAGGCGUGGAAGGACAAGAUCCCUAUGGGUCGUGAGGGCGAGGUGGGUGAGCUGAAGGGAGCGUAUCUCUAUCUGGCGUCGGAUGCGUCGUCGUACACCACAGGGACGGAUAUCGCGGUCGACGGCGGGUACUCGGCGCCAUAG